AUGUGCAAGGUGACAUCCUGUGAUCUGAACCAUGGUGGCCCCGAUAACUCAGGGCCCAGCCCUGUUCCAGAUUCCCUACGUCAGAUUUUUUGUCACCAGUCAGGGCCCAUUGAUUGGUAUGGGCCAGGGGGUCCCCUGGAGGCCCGGGAUGAAAUGCAGAGGGAACCAUCUGAGCCAUCCAUUUUGCAUUCCGGAGAUCGGAAUUUCCCAGAAGUCUUCAAUCAGAGCCUGCAAAUGUAUCCGAAGGUGUCUGGAGGGGCCGGUAAUGAGGAAGCCAGGGGGGUGCCUGACAGCCUGCCCCUGUCUUUGUACAUGAGUAUUCCUGAUCCUGUACUGUUAGGAGAUCCUAGUGAUGAGCCAAGACCCCUUUGGAGCACCCAGCUGCGACGGAACUCAGCCUACACGUCCAGUAUUCUGGUUCCUGCUUCGUACCUGUCCACUGUGAACAGCCCUCUCUCAGUUCUGCUUAGUAGCAUCAGACCAAGAAGACUGCUCUUUCCAGCAACCGCAUUACUGAAGGAUCAAGCCUGCAGUGAGGAUAACUCUAUGGCAGCUGAAGUUGCGAUGGAUCUUGAAGAGGGCUCCCGUGAAGGAGGAUUGGCUGUUGAAGGCGCACUGGAAGACAUGAGUGGGCUAGAGAUCAGCGCCAUGAAAAAGCAGCUGCAUAAGAUCUCCGAGAGACUUCAGGCUCUCGAGGCGCAGUGCACCGGCUGGCGUCACAAGGAGUUACUUCUCUAUUCUGCCCUGAUUUCAGCCUGUGUUAUUAAUACUUGGCUUUGGAUGAGACGAUGA